UCCAGGAUCCCUUUGAGAAACACCAAUAUCCAAGGAGGAAAAGAAUGUUAAGAAAAAACAAAACGUUAAUUUUUAAAUACUUUCUUAAUCUCAUUAAUGGAGCUUUCUUGGUUCUUGGACUUUUACUCAUGGGAUUUGGUGCAUGGCUCUUAUUAGAUAAAAAUAAUUUUUUCACAGCUUUGGAUGAAAAUAAUCACUUGAUAGUGUAUAUUUUUCAAAUUUUGGCUGGAACUGGAUCUGCUAUUGUUCUUCUUUGUCUCUUGGGUUAUUUGGGAAUUCACAAUGAAAUCAGAUGGCUCCUACUUCUGUACACAGCACUGUUAAUGUGGGCCUUUGGUGUUCAGGUUGUGCUUUCAACAUUCAUCUUCAUAAAGAAAAAGGAGGUUCACCAAGUAUGGCAUGAUAAAAUUGACUUAAUCAUUACUGAGUAUGGAUCUAAAGAUAUGCCUGAAGAUAUACCCAAAUGGAUUAUUCUGAAUGCUUUACAGAAAACAUUGCAGUGUUGUGGCCAGUACAAUUACACAGAUUGGAUAAAGAAUAAAAAUAAAGAAAAUCCAGAACAGGUGCCAUGUUCUUGCACAAAUUCUACAUUAAGGAAGUGGUUUUGUGAUGAGCCACUGAAUGCGACUUACCUGGAGGGUUGUGAAAAUAAAAUCAACAUAUGGUAUAGUGGUAAUGCUUUAACAUUAAUUGGAAUUAACUUUGGACUUUUGGCUUCAGAGGUUUUGCAAAUCUUAUUAACUGUUUCUUUCUUCAGACACAUCAAGAAUAGAAUAUGUGCAGAAGAGUGAUCUUCAGAUUUUAAUUUGCCGAGAAGAAACCAGUUAAUUCUCAAAAUAGUCACAUCAUGUUCUUUUACUCACCCUCCAAAGAGUUUUGAAUUACGUUAGUUUAGAACUUUUUCAAGUCAUUGGUUAUAUGUAACAUAGACUUAUCGAGUAUUAUAAUAAAUCACUCCAUGAAAUCCUUAUUAAUUUUGUUUUUCAAAAUAUCAAAUUCCACAGUUCAGAACUUUACCUUGAGUUAUUUUCUGAAUUCAGAGGAUAUCAUCAUAUAUACUGAAUUCAAAAUGUGAUGAAGUAUCACCAUAUGUUUUGAGUUUAUGUAGAAAAAAAUACCUACGUGAUAUUAAGAAAACAUUAAUUAAGUAAGCAAUUAUAACAUGUACCUUACACUUGCAAAUUUUAAGAAAACAACAUUGAUUUGUGGCAGAUUUAAAAGAAAGAUUGAAAAUCAUGCCACUGACCUCUGUACUGAACUAAUCAUUUAUUUCUGUCUUCUGAUUAAUGCUUGAAAGUGGAUAAUAAAAUUUUAGACAUUUGGGUAUACUUCAGUGGCAGUAGUAAAAUAUUAAAAUCACAAUGAAUUUUGAAAUGUAAUGAGAAUGUCUUAAAUGAUCACUGAAUUCCCGUACUCAACUUGCUCCUCAUUUCCUUCUCUCUCUUUUCCUUAAAUUUUGUUCAAUGCAUGCAUGCACAAUUCUCUGAAGGAU